AUGGAGAUGGAGAAUUUUACAAGAGGAGAUUUAGUGUGGGUGAGAGUAGUGUACCCUCGCCACUGGUGGCCAGGUCUCGUUCUCUCAACAAACCCUCUUGGCGUUUUAGUUUCUUUCUUCGGUUGCCUAAAGCCCCGUUACUUUCUUGAAUCAGAAAUAUCUUCUUUUGAACAAAACUUCACAACCCAUAUCAAGAAUUGUAAGAACAACACCUUAAUCGAUCUUGCCUUGAAGUUCUUGGGCCAAAAAAUGGCACGGAGCUUGACAUUGCCGCUCCAAUUGAAAGAAAAUAAAUGUUCUAGUCCCUGGACUUUGUUUCAGCCUAAAAAAAUUCUGGGUUUCGUUCGGAGUUUUGCAGUUUGGCCUAGGGUUCAAGAUGGCGAUUUUGUUUGUGCAGUCAAAGUGUUUGCACAAACUACUGCUUUUAGGCAUUAUUUGGUUAAAUCAAAUGUUCAUUCCAGAGUGCAACCAGGCCAAGUUUCGGUUGAGAAGACAAAUUCAGUUGCCGGGGAACUGGAUACUUCAAAAACAGGGGAGGAUUGUCUGGUAUUCUGCAAGGAUGUAGAAAAGAAUUUGCCUGAUUACUUUAUAAAAGUAAACAACAUGGGUAAUCUUUUGCAAACAAAAUCUCUAAGGCGUUGGGAUGAAGAUCAGCUUGAUAUCAGUUCAAUGACUCAACCUGAACAACAGAAAACUCAAUCAGUUCAAGGGAUGCUGGUCAAACUGCACAUUCUAGCUCUGGAUCCAUUUUGUUUAGAUGGGGAAUGUCUGAGUAAUUUAAAGAGGAGUUUUUAUAGCUUCCGAAAUUUAUCAUUCCAGAAUAUCUGUGAGACCAUUUCUGAGGCAUGCUUUCCUCUUGAAAGGGGUGAAGCUCAAUUUUGUAAUCCUGGCUAUAUCACGUCUCAGUUGGCUGUCACCAUUUACGGAGAAAAUCAAAAGACUGCUCUUCCUGUUAUACCUUGUAUGAAAAGUCCUGUCAACUGUCUGGGUUUAAAGAGGCAGCUGGAUCAAUAUCCCGUUUCUGAACCUCCUUUAAAAUUGCAGAAGACAUUGUCUUUCUCAAUCAAUGGAGUUGAUGCUAAUCUUUGGAGAAGUAGAAAAGAACGUUGUGCUGUUCUUUCUGAUGUUUUCAUUUCAAGGAAAGGUUUUUCUGAUCUUUUAAAACUUUUCAACACUAUGCCUUUCUCUGCUAAUGUGGCUUAUGAUUAUCUUCGAAGAAAUAUAACUGGAUGCAAGGCAGAAUUAUUUGAUGCAUUCUUUUCUGGAUCCCAAGUGAUGUUAAAACCUCAAAACCUCUCUUCUGCUGCAGCUCAAAGUUCUACAUAUAUAUGCAAUGGUAGCUUGAUGAACUUGAUUGAAAAUAUACUCAGCUUUUCCCUUGUAAAGCACACAUGUCAUUGUAGUGACACUGCUGAAAUCUGUAUGGUUCAGAAACUGGAUGGAAAUUUUAAUACCCUAUACAAUAGUGGUGCCCCCCCUUGUUCUGCUGAUAUACAGAGAGCUCAAGCAAGUGAAGCCAUUCUGAAAGAUGAUGGCACUCGCAUAUCCUGCCCUCAUGAUGCUACAGAGAACAUGCUGGAAUUUUCUGCUGCUGAAUCAGUGUCUGAUUAUAUAAUUGGGAAUCGUACUUAUAAUGAUGAGGUUGGUGAUGUAACUGUGGGAACCACUGCUGAUGAACUGAAGAUGCCGCAUACCAAUAGAGAGUUAAGUGUUAACAUGUCUUUUGGAGACAGAUUUAAGGAGGAUAAUAAGCUCUCACAACCGGUUAACUCUGAUUUAGCAUUGAAGUUGAAACAGGGAAAGCUCUCUGAGGUACAAAGUACUACUGUUCUUUCUAAAACUUUGCACAUAAAAUUUCCAAAGGAUUAUAAUCUGCCAUCCAAGGAGGAACUGGUCAGAAAGUUUAGUCCAUUCGGGAGAGUUGACCCUUUGAGUACAAAGGUCUACUCUUAUACUGGUUCUGCUCGGGUGGGAUUCUUAAACCAACUUGAUGCGGUAGCUGCAUACCAAUAUGCAAAGAGGAAGAAGAAUAUAUUUGCUAAACAAAAUGUGAAAUUUUGGCUUGACCCUUUUGAUGAUAAGAGAGGAUACAAGAGGCUACUUACCUCUCCAGAAUCCAACCUAAAAUCAUGUCUUAAAAAGUCGAAGCAACUCGAGGAAGAAGAUAAAAGAUCUCCCAGGAAGGUAAGGUUUCUGAUAGAGACCUAGAUCAGUUGAUCCAUACGAAAACUCGUAUUGUAGAUAUUUCGUAGCUGUAGCGAAAUCUUUCGACACUAGACCUCAAAUUAGCUCAUCAUAGUGGUGAUCAAAUCUUCAUGCGUUUGGUGAAAUGCAACCAUUUUUGCGGACUUUGAUGUAAGUCACUAACUGUAAAUGAUCAGAUUUAGGAUUUGAUACGCAAAUGUUUUUGGUAUUUUAAG